AGCACGCUCAGCAUCACUUACACACACUCUAUGGACUGUGCGAUCAACAAUCAUCUGCCUGUUUGUCCCGACCACCUGCACCAGGGAUACAGUUUGAAAUUACAAAUGAAAUCUACAGAAGUGGAUCCGGGGUUAUUCACGGACAGCUACUGCAAAGUGUGCAGCGCUCAGCUUAUCUCUGAGUCACAGAGAGUCGCUCACUAUGAGGGCAGUGUGGAGGGAGAUGUGGACAAGAACAAGUGCUGCACGCUGUGCAAUAUGUCGUUCACUUCGGCGGUGGUGGCCCAGUCGCACUACCAGGGCAAGAUCCACGCCAAGAGACUCAGGCUACUGCUGGGGGAGCCACCUGCUAUCACAUCUAAAGAGGUGACAGCCAAUUCAGAGCAUAUGGUGACUGAAGACUCGCCGGGAAGUCCUUCUAUUCAUGGCAGACUCUCACACCGCUACUGCCAAAUGUGUAAGGCCUGGUUCAACAACCCCGGCAUGGCCAGACAGCACUACGACGGAAAGAAGCACAAAAAAAACGCAGCCCAAGCUAACCUCCUCGCACAACUGGGUAAAAGUCUGGAGGACGAAGAUGAUCUAAACGGCCUGAAGCGGAGUCACACAUGUGAGGUCUGCAGUGUUACACUCAACUCUGUGGCACAAUACCAUGCACAUCUGCAGGGCUCCAAACACCAGAACAACUUGAAGAACAAAUGAAGUUUGAUGGAGCUCCCCUAUAUCCCCUCUACUCUUGAAACUAUUUGAGGAUCUGUCUGUGGAAGUCAAGGCAACUUUAAGACACCACAUGACAGCGAUAUCAGUUCAUGUUCUCUUGAUCCACUGUGUUCAUGACAGCGAUAUGGACACUACCAGUAAAGACAGAGACCUGGACAAUGAUAAUGGAUCAUGGACAAGUGCAUUUUGCUAAAUUUGUACAUAAAAGGAAAAAAAACACAAAAAACAUUCACAUCCUGAUCACUUUAAUGUAUAUAUUCAAGGCAUGUCGA